AUGUUUCCACCGCUGAGUGGCAGUCAGGCAGAGCGCGUGUACCAGCUCGCAGCUGCUCACAGGCUUCUCACCUCUCCACCAGCUGGUGGCCCCACCCGGUCCCGGUACAAUGACGCGGCUGCUUCUCUUAGCUGUUGUGAGCCUCUGCUGCGCACCCCCAUCCCUGCGCAAGGGCCGCAGCGGGGGGGUCCUAAGUGGCACAAUCGAGCGGCGGUGGUGACGCCGUCAGAGUCGUGCAGCAGUGCCUCGUCCGAGGUUCAGCAGGCGGACGCAGGGGGCCUGGUGAAGGGCGCCUGGUCGACCGAGGAGGACGCGCUGCUGCUGCAAUACGUGCAGGAGCACGGCAGCAAGAACUGGGGCAACAUUCAGCGGGUUAUCAGGGGCUUCAAGCGCUGCGGGAAAAGCUGCCGCUUGCGAUGGGUAAAUCACCUGCGGGGGGGCCUGAAGAAAACGGCGCUGUCGCGUGACGAGGAGCGCCGUGUCCUGGAGCUGCACGCAACCCAUGGCAACAAGUGGGCCAAGAUUGCUGCUGAGCUGCCUGGCCGCACCGACAACAAGUCUACCAAUCCGUGGCAUGCCUGCAGCCCCGCCUGGCCGCUCCUCCAGCAGCAGCGCCAUGAGUGGCCUCUUCACCCCGAGCGCCCCCCCGCCCCGCGCAGCAGCCACCCCUGGGCACCCCCGCCUCGACUGCCCGCCAUCAGCCGUGGCUUUUGGCUGCCCCCGCUGGUCAUCCCGGAGGUCCCCCCCCUCGAGGAGGAUGACAACGAAGGGGCCACCCCGCCAGGCCAGCCGGCAUGUCCCUCGCCCCCGCCCCUGGCCUUGCCAGAAGGUGCGCUUGGCAGCAGCCUGUAUCCCUCAUACCGCUAUGCCCCCCCCCUGCCACAAGCUUGGAGACAGGCUGGCCCCCCUCAGGCCUGGGGCCCUCAGGACCAGGGCUGGACCCCCCUCUCGGUGCGCCUGCCCAACACGCUGAGCCCCCCCCCAAAGCCCCCGGUGGUCCGCGCUGCCACGCCCAACGUGGAUGCGUUCCUGAUCAGCCCUUCGGAGGCAGACGAGGACGGCUUCCUGCACGACGGGCGAGACAGCGCGCCGGUGCCGCAGCCGCCCUCCAGGAAGAGGAGUCGAGCAGAGAGUUUUCUUGCAGGGGACGCGGGAAACAUGGCUCUGGCUGACGCUUGGCGCUGGGGGCCGGUCCACGACGGGGAGCUGCUUUGGGAUGGUGGCAGCGAAACGGUGGGUCCAGGGGUCGGGCAGUCGCUGAAGCGGAGCAAGAUGGAGGAGUCGGAGGGCGAGUGCGAGUGGGGGAUCAGCUUCAACACGCCUGGGGGCUGCUCAGGUGAGGGGACGAAGCCACAGACACGGGCCACGGCCUGGCCCGCCACUUCGGGGUUUGCCACUUUCACUCUCGUGGUGACGUCGCCCCUGUACGCUGCCUGCUCGUGUCUCACCCUCGGCGCCCCUGCCCCCUCUUGUGCAGACGCUCUCUCCAGCUGCCUCCUGCCCGCGCCCCUCUCGUCCCCCGGCCCCAGCAGCUGGCCGGCCUGGCUCGACGAGGCCAGCCCGCGGCACCGCCUCGAGGUGGAGGCGGCCGCGGCCUCGCUGUACCCGACCGCCACCGCCUUCCUGGCCAGCGUGCAGCCGGACUGGGGGGCCCCCGCCGGCGAGGCCGCGCUGCAGUGGGCGCUGCCCCCGCUGGUGCCCGUGGACGAGCUGGGCGCGUGCGUGGGGGAGGACGGCCAGGGAGAGCGGCUCAAAAAGAUUGCCAGCUGGAGCAAUUUCUUGUGCGCGGCAGCCGGCCUCUGAUCAGGGACGCGGGGUGUUCCCGGGUGUUCCGCAGGCCCGCGCUUUGUGUGUUUCUUGUGUUGGUAGCCUGGGUGGGUGUAUAUGUAGGGCGUACAAAAGGGGACCCAUGUCAAUUAGGGCGUCCGUGGAGAUUGUGUCUGACUGGUCUAGAGUAUAUUGGUCCUGGCGUGCUGCCAAUAAGCACAUAAGUGUAUGCAUUGAGCAAGCACUCACACGUGCUUGCCGUUUGGUUUUACAUAGGACCAGUUCCAUGGUUCUGCUCCCAGCUAUUAAAGGCGAUGAGGGAGGAACCUUGGAGUCUGCAGUACGUCUAGGUUGGAAGCCCGCGCUCGCGCUUGCUUGGUAUACUGCUUCCGGCACCACCAAAGGUCCGUGGUGUGUCAUACUGCCCGCAUUACUAACGGGUGGUUAAUCUCUAAUCUUGGACGUGUGCUAAUUAGAAACUAGAAAGUAGACAACACUCUAGCUCCUGCUGACUGCUGCUGUCAAGCCCCUGCACGCAAGGUUGCGAGACUCGUCAACUUCCACAAGCUAACUCCGACAGAGGUAGCUUUGCCCGCCAGCUCUACGCGGCGAAGCAAGGUGCUUGAAGCAGCAAGUGUCAAAUUAGCUUUGGUACAAUAGCAGGCUUGAGCGUUGAUCAUGGCCCAUGUGCACUAAGUUGACACAGUCUAGGUCCAGAGUCUUAAUCUGCGGAAUAUAAGUGGGGUUGAGAAAUGACAUGCUCGGAAGAGCUUUGUAAAUGUAGAGCUGAACUAAUAUAUUGGCUGUUCUUCG